AUGGAGCAACAUCAGAGCCACAUCAGAGAAACUAGGAACCCCACCCCACUGGAGACGGUUAUCAACCCUCCAGAAAAAGAGCUGGAGAGUGUUACUGGGAAGAAGGAUUUCAUUGUUAUUAUCUUGGCCGCCGGGAUGGUGGCCUUCAUCGGAGCGGUUAUCUGCAUCAUCGCGGCUGUCCACACCGGAUCCUCCAAGGCUGCUGCCGCACAGCAGCAGCCCGCAAACGACAACCACUCGCUGUAUCCGGACGCGGCAGUGCAGACCCCGGGGACCGGGGGCUCCGUGGCCCGAGCCGGAUCGCUGGGCGCUCUCCAUGGUUCUGAAACGCCUGAUUCAGAAGCUCCUACUUUCAACAUCGGGCUGAGCGGGCUGGAUGGGGUCAGUGGACUUACUGGACAUGAUCCGACGGUCAGUCGGCUCAUCUGCACACCGAUCCCCACUGGAGAGUGUAACCCAAGAAACUUUCAGCAACAAGCGGAUGACCCGUCGCUGUACGCGGGCGAAGAUUGGGGUUAUCUCCGCACCACCGCGGAAGAACUCCGGCAGACGGUUCUGCAGCAGAAGGAUCAAAUAUUAACCGACCAGCGGACCAUCAGAGAGCUGACGGGGAAACUAUCGGAGUGUGAGAAAGGACUAAGCAGCAGAAGCAGCGGCGCUGCGGCGCUGCGAGGGGGCAAAGGCGCGAUGGAAGACAUGCACCUGGAGCGGAUCAUGGUGCGGGACAGCCCGGCCUCGAUGUCCGACGGUGUGCAUUUACUCACCGUUAGAGCUGUGGAUGAACUGGAGCAGGCUAUCACUCAGCUCAAAGACCGCAUAGAGAAACUGGAGUCAGACAUUGGCCCAUUUCCACACAACCGGACAGACAGCAACACCUCAGAUAUGCCAUGGGAAGCCGACAUGUCUGGCGGCCCAGAAAGGUCAGCCGAUCCUGGGCACAGAGCUGGUGCUGACAGACCUUGGAGGAUUGAAGACUUGGAGGGGGAGCUGGGUAGAAAGGUGGAGCUGCUGGAGAAAGAGAGAAAGGCCCUGAGGCUGGAAACAGAGAAGCACAGACAGGAAAUCGACCAAGGCAUCAAUAAACUACACCAUCGCAUCUCGGGCCUGGAGGAAGGUAUAGCGGGACACUCAUUUCCAGAGGGCUACAGAUUGUCCUUCCCAGCACGGACAAACUACAUGUUCGCUCUAGUGAAACACUCCAUUCCAAAGAUGCGGGCUUUCACUGCCUGUUUGUGGUUGAGGCCUGCGGGGGGAGGCAUUGGGACCCCUCUGUCUUAUGCUGUUCCUGAACAGCCGAAUGAACUGGUCCUUCUGCAAGGCUUGCAUACGCCUGCUGAGCUACUCCUCAAUGACAAGGUGGCCCAGUUGCCUCUGAAUCUUUCCCGAGGAAGUUGGCAACACAUUUGUGUGAGCUGGACUCAGAAGGGAGGAGUGUGGCAGGCCUAUCAGGGGGGAAAGCUAAAGGGUGAAGGAGAGGGACUGGCUACAGGACAUCACAUAAGACCCGGAGGAGUUCUCGUACUGGGACAGGAGCAGGACUCCCUCAGUGGAGGUUUUGACUCAUCCCAGGCACUGGUUGGAGAACUGUCCCAGGUGGGUCUUUGGGACAGAGUCCUAUCGUCUACCCAAGUGGCCACCUUGGCUCGAUGCGGCAGAGUAACCCAGGGCAAUGUGGCCCCCUGGACCGAGAAUGGCGUUGAGGCAUAUGGUGGAGCAACCAAAGAUCCAGGCGAGCCUUGUAGUAAACACAGCAGGAGCUCCCAAUGACUGAUGGUGGGGAGGGGGGUUGAGAAAUGAUUCCAUCUGCCCAGUUUUAACACUGAUUUAUGAUGCUCAAAACAAAAACUCUAUGAGGCAUGGAGUAAUGUGUGUGAAAGCAGAGAAAAAGUAAUAGAACAUUUUGUGAGUAAAGACUUUUCAUUUACUUGAUCACACUUCUAACAAUCCAACUGAUGCUAUUAAGGAGGUCCACAGGAAAAUUUCACAAUACAGUCGCCAGCUAAAUUAAUCAACCUCCAUUGCUCUGAAUACCCCAUACAAUGGAGUUUGAUCAUUUUGUUGGUUUACUUAUAAUUGCAAUUGUUUUACUGGUAUAGAUUCAAUUUGAUGAGCUGCAAGGUACGUACACCAAAAGAGCUAUCUGAUGAGGUGUUCCUAGGUUCAACACACACUAGAUUAAUGAUUAGUAUGAUUAGUUAUUUCUUCUGCUCUUUCCCCAAAAUCAACUGUCAACAAAAGCAUUUAUUGUACAUUUUAAAUAACAAGCCAAACCUUCUUCUAGCUACAGAAUAAAAAGGUUAAAUAUGCUAAUAUGCUGUUUCAAGAUGUGCCUUUGUUGAGUAUAAUUUUUUUGUGAAAUAUAAGAGGCAAAUGGGAUUGAACCAGAGACAGAGGUGAAACUGCCUGUAUGUGCAAAGCAGUGCUAUAGCGACAGAGAGUGCACCAAUCUAACCAACAGCCCUGGUGCCACUCAGCUGAAGCAGCAGUCAGCCAUCUCUGUUUUACUUGAGUGAAUUACCAAAGUGGAAUUUUGACGGCCUAUCAAGGUCACCUUUAUCGAAAUAACAAGGGACCACUUUGUGAUAAAUGCAGUACUGAGCUAACCGCACUGACUGACAGCUAAAGAACAGGCCAUUAUCUAAUGGCAGUCACCGUCUUAUCUGCAGUAGAAAUUGGUAGUUUGCUCAUUUGGAUAAAUUGCAACAUGGGAGUAUUAGAAGGUUAUUUGCAUUCUCGGCUAAAGAACAUCCCUCCUCAUCACUGCAUGCACAGAAGCUGUCUAAUGUACCAUGUGGGUCCAUCAAGAGUUGUGUCAGCAAACCAGUAGGCAUAUAACGGAAGGUAUCAAGGGUAAAUUUUGAGACUGUAGGCCAUAAACUCGACCUUCUGCCAGAUAGAGACUAAAAAGCAAGUAAGUAAAUACUAGUUGUUAUCUAACCAGAAUUAAUGAACAGCUUAGUAAAAGGCCAUAGUUUAAUACUUAAAGAAACUAUUCAAAAUUUUAGGAAACACUGUCUUGCAACUUCCAUGCAUGUGCGAUAAAAAUUAAUGUAUGGCCAGGAGGUGACAAAAGUUAUGUAACUUAUCAUAUUAUUUCUUGGCCCAGACGAGACAGAAGCAAAAGUCACCUUCAAGGUGUGAAUUAUAAGAAAACAUAACCAUAUUGUCUUUAAAAUCACGUUAUUUAGCACAGAUCAUAAUAGAUUGCGAUGCACAGUGCAAAUCAGCCUGUAGAAGCACAGGUUAAAAUCUACAAUAGCUAUUGGAUUAUUAUGUUUUCUGUGGCUUUGCAGUUGUGAAAUUCCUUAUAAAGAAUAUAAAACUUUGUCAAUAGCAAUAGCAAAUUCAAUGACCAAAGCACAAAUUUUGCAACAUGUUGAAUUUAUAUCGAAACUGUCAGUAUCAAUGGAGACAAUGUCUUAUAAGAAAAGCACAAAAUAAGAUUUAGUGCUUACUUUCUCUAAAAAGAAAAAUCAAUUUGUACUCAAUUGAAUCAGUUGUUCUCAGCCUCA